UUCUCAGCUUGGUAGAAUUUAAAAUUCAGUUUAAUGGAACUUUUAUCUGAUAAAUUCCCGUUUGAAAUUUCUCAAAAGUUUUGCAUUAAUCUCCUCCUGACUAAUUUUCACAUUUGCGCAGACACAAUGCCUGAAGGGAAUUAUUUCCGAGUUAGUCUAGUCUCUAAAUUUCAUCUGACCUGGAAGCAUAUAAUUUUCUAAAGUCUAGUUAAGGAAAUGUAGACCCAAUUAAGUCACAACUCAAAAUCCUCCAAAGAGUGAGAAGAUGGAAAACCGGAAAUUUACCACACGGCUACAAUACACAACAGACUGCGUCUCGAAAAAAGAGGAAAUUAGAAUACUAAUUAAUUAUAUACUCUGUUCACUAGGCAUUUGGCUAUUUAGAAUCUUGCUCACAACUUCCUUUUGAGUGAUCUUUUCAAGCUUGACCCAAGAAAGUACAUUUGUUUGUAUUUUCCUACUGGAUUUAGUGAAAUAUGACCAGGACAAGUAUUUAAAAAAAAGCUGCCCCAGCGCCAGAUCCAUUGAAUUCGUAGCUCCUUUGGCAAACGAUUAAAUCAUGUCCACUGCUAACUCCCCAUGGGGAAGCGAGGGGCUGGUAGCGUACGGCGUAGUGAUGUCCCUCAUUCUAACGACUGGCUUGACGGGAAAUAUCCUCACUAUCAUCGUGUUAAUGCGUCGAGAGCAUCGCUCCAAAGUCAUCACACCUUUUAUGAUCAACGUGGCCGUGCUGGACUUGAUCAUCAUCGCGCUUGGGUACCCUGUAGCUAUAAUAGCCAAUUUUACGGGCAUUCGAAUGAAGGAGGGAGAUUCCCGAUGUCAAUGGACGGCGUUUCUAAAUGGCGCAACCGGAAUUGCGGCGAUCAUUACUCUUACAGCCAUGAGCAUAGUGAUGCGAAAUACCAUCACGCACCCUAUUGUGAAGAAGAGGUUAUCGUGUAAAUAUCUGUUUGGUAGCCUCUGUGCGAUCUGGACGUAUGGUAUCUUGACCAUGUUACCGCCUCUAGUGGGAUGGUCAAAGUUUGUGCCCGGUGCGGCAAAGGUUAGCUGUGGGCCCGACUGGGAGACCCAGAACGCGUCUACUUUGUCCUACAACAUCGUGCUUUUGAUCGUGGGUUUUGUCAUUCCUGUUGGCAUUAUUCUUCCUUGCUAUUUUCAUAUUUUCAGGUUCCUUCGUUCUCAGCCUGUUCCACCAGCCUUUAUUUCCAUCACAUCUCAGCGUCGGCGUGCACACUUACGUAUUGCACGCAUGAUUCUCGUGUCAAUCAUCUCGUUCGUCAUCAGCUGGUCGCCUUACUGUGUCGUCAGUGUAAUUGCCAUGGUACAGCGGGCACCGGCCCUUUCUCAAGGUUUCGCGGAAAUCCCCGAACUAAUGGCUAAAGCAUCUGUAGUUUACAACCCUUUGGUGUUUACGGUAAUGAACCGGGGUUUCCGACGCUCCUUGUGUCGUAUUGUACCUUGCUUGGGCUGCUCUGUGGGAAAUGGAAUCUCGCGAAGGUAUACUUGGUUAGGCAUGAAAGACUUGGCGGACAGGUCGAGUGUUAUCAGUAACGUUGCAGUCCAGGCAGAUCCAACGGGAAGAGCUAUGCCAUCAGGCGUUUUACAUAAAGCAUUGUCUAUUGAUGGAGCGACUCCUUAAGAUUUGCUGAAAGUAAGGCAUACUUUAUGUAAGAACACUUAUGAUAUCAUCUUAUUUCGCACAACAGAACAUCUUAAAAUGGAUAAAGUGCUAGUUCUCGUUGUUCUCUAGACUCGAUCUAAAACGUUGAAUACUGAUCAGCGAUGAACAGGUGAAUACUGACCAGCGGUCAACACACGUGAAUACUGACCAGCGGUCAACACAAGUGGAUACUGACCAGCGGUCAACACAAGUGGAUACUGACCAGCGGUCAGCACAAGUGAAUACUGACCAGCGGUCAACACACUUGAAUAAUGACCAGCGGUCAACACACGUGAAUAAUGACCAGCGGUCAACACAAGUGAAUACUGACCAGCGGUCAACACACGUGAAAACUGACCAGUGGUCAAUACAAGUGAUUACUGACCAGCGAUCAACACAAGUGGAUACUAACCAGCGGUCAACACAAGGGGAUACUGACCAGCGGCAAACACACGUGAAUACUGACUAGCGGUCAACACAAGUGAAUACUGACCAACGGUCAACACAAGUGAAUACUGACCAGCGGUCAACACACGUGAAUACUGACCAGCGGUCAACACACGUGAAUACUGACCAGCGGUCAACACACGUGAAUACUGACCAGCGGUCAACACACGUGAAAACUGACCAGCGAUCAACACAAAUGAAUACUGACCAGCUGUCAACACAAGUGAAUACUGACCAGCGGUCAACACACGUGAAUACUGACCAGCGGUCAACACACGUGAAAACUGACCAUCGGUCGUAACAGCUGAAUACUGGCAAGCGGUCAACACAAGUAAAUACUGACCAGCGGUUUUCACAAGUGAAUACUGACCAGCGGUCUUCACAAGCGAAUACUGACCAGCGGUCUUCACAAGUGAACACUGAACACUGUUCAAUAUAAUGAAGGGGCGGUUGGUGCUGGCCUAAAAGUGGAUCUAAUAAAAAUCAAAAUCUUAUGGAAAUAGUGCCAAUAAAUCCUUUUUUCUCGAAUUCUUACAUGUAUAUUACGUAUUCCAAAUUGCGCUGCACAUCCAUGUAUCCAUGUAACCGCAGUGCUUCAUGGGUAUCAAAUAAGGAAAAAAAUGCAAGUAAGAUCAAUUCCUCGCUUCAGUUUUUCGAAUUUCUAAACAUUUCCGAAUUUGAAAAAAACACACUCCCACGGCUUUCAGAGGCCAGAAUUUAGCCACUUAUACGGUAUCCAUGAAUCACUGCAGGUUAUCACACAGGAUUUCUUAGAAGCAACCUUAUGUGAAAUAGAAAAAUCAGAUACGAGGGAGAAGAAAUAGUAUUUUGUUGACCGGGUUUUCUUACGUAAAUACGGAAAGCACUUCUCAAACAACGCACACUUCAGCCAAAUUACAUAAAUAAAACUUUCUUCCAUUGCAGAUUCUAGAAUUCCGCCUUUUUUUGGAUUUCGGUGACCCUCUACAUAUGUGUUCGUGUGAAUCAUCCUUCACAUGCGAUGGCUAUUUGCUAGUUGGUGUGUAUUGAAUGUGCCGCAAUGAUUAAUUAAUCUAUAAAA